AUGACACGUUCUACGACUAUUAUAACGCAGAUAGCUGUUGAGAUUCAAAGCAUACUUAAAGAAACAAAAAGAGGCGUGAGUGAAAUAUGCCAACGGUUACUUGUCGGAAUCCAGAAGUGUUACCAAGGCAGCAGAAUAGGAAUCAAGACAGCUCCCAAAGAAAAGGUUCCAUUCACUACCCAAAUGUGCCCCAAUACACAUUCUAUGAAAGGGAAGAAGGCUGCUCCUGUAAAGUUGAUAAAAAAGAAGAUAAUGCAACGGCUUAAGAAUCUUGUGGAAGUAUGUUUUGUCGACGAAUAUAUCAUCAGUCAGGUAUGUAAUGCUUGCAAAAAUAGGAGCCUUUACAAUAUUGCUGCGGCUGCUUCAAAACAGAAAGUCCAUUCAGUGUUGCGUUACAGUAACACCAAUUGUGACAUUAUCUGGAAUCGCGAUGUCAAUGCGGCAAAGAAUAUGCUUGACUAA